AGGAAGCAGCACAGCGAAGAUUUACUCGGUCGCCCGAGCGUGUGUUUGCGGGGCUGAACGAAAGGGGCGUAGCCUCUCUCUGCCAUGGCAGGGCCUCGCGGGCGGUUGUUGUCAGUCUCUGGCAGCGGGUUAUGGCGACGGCGGUGAAUGAAUUCUCCGGGCGGGAGAGGGAAAAAGAAGGGCUUAGCCGGCUCCAGCUCCCCGCCCCGGGCUGCCGGGGCCUCGCCUUCGCCCUCGUCCGGGCCGGCUCCCUCCCUCCAGCCGGCGGCGGUGGCGGCAGCGGCUUCUCCUCACAAGCGGAAUCUCUAUUACUUCUCCUACCCGCUCUUCGCCGUCUUCGCGCUGCUUCGCUUCCUGGCCUUCCAGCUCGGGCUGCUCUUCGCCUGCCUGUGCGAGCGACUCUCCCGCGGCGGGGCGCUCAUGGCAGCGGCCAAAGGCACCAGCAGGGCCGGGACUGGGGAUGCUCCCGACACCGUGCGAGCCUGUCACAAGCGCGCCUUCGAGUGCAUCUCCAUGGCGCUGCGCAUCGACGAAGACGAGACGGCAGGACAAAAAGAACAAGCUGUUGAAUGGUACAGAAAGGGCAUUGAAGAACUGGAGAAAGGAAUAGCUGUGCUAAUUGUUGGUCAAGGAGAUCAUUAUGAACGAGCUCGCCGUCUCCAGUCUAAAAUGAUGACAAAUUUGGCAAUGGCCAAGGACCGUUUGCAGCUGUUAGAGAAGCUGCAGGCAGUUAAGCAAAUCCCCAAGCUGCAAAUGGAAGUCUCUAGUGACAGUACUAACCUGGUAUGCCGCAAUGGACAUCUCCAGUCAGAAAGUGGAGCUGUUCCAAAAAAGAAGGAUCCACUGACUCAAACUAGCAAUUCACUCCCUCGUUCAAAAUCUGUGGCAAAAACAGGAUCCGGGGGCCUUUCAGGGCACCAGAGGACACCUAGUUAUAGUGGAAUAUCCAAUUUUUCUUCACCUAGACCAGGAACUGUCCCAACAACUUCAACUCAGAAGACUACUCCAAAGAACAAUAGAGCCAACAAGCCGUCUACUCCUACAACUGCUGUGCGAAAAAAGAAAGAUGUGAAGAUGUUUAGAAAUGUGGAUACUAAUCUUGCUAAUCUUAUUCUCAACGAAAUUGUAGACAGUGGGCCAUCUGUCAAAUUUGAUGAUAUUGCUGGGCAGGAGCUUGCAAAGCAGGCACUACAAGAAAUUGUUAUCCUUCCUUCACUUAGACCUGAGCUGUUUACAGGGCUUAGAGCUCCUGCACGUGGAUUGUUGCUGUUUGGCCCACCAGGAAAUGGGAAAACAAUGUUGGCCAAAGCAGUGGCUGCAGAAUCAAAUUCAACCUUCUUUAAUAUAAGUGCUGCAAGUCUAACAUCAAAAUAUGUUGGUGAAGGGGAGAAACUGGUGCGUGCUCUUUUUGCAGUAGCCAGAGAGCUUCAGCCUUCUAUAAUUUUUAUAGAUGAAGUGGAUAGCCUAUUAUGUGAGAGAAGAGAAGGCGAACAUGAUGCUAGUAGACGUUUAAAAACAGAAUUCUUAAUAGAGUUUGAUGGUGUACAGUCUUCAGGAGAGGACCGAAUACUUGUAAUGGGAGCAACUAACAGGCCACAGGAGCUUGAUGAUGCUGUUCUCAGACGAUUCACCAAACGGGUGUAUGUAUCUUUACCAAAUGAAGAGACACGACUGCUUUUACUAAAAAAUCUUUUGAGCAAGCAAGGAAAUCCGUUAACCCAAAAAGAGUUGGCACAGCUAGCUAGAAUGACUGAGGGAUACUCAGGGAGUGACUUAACGGCAUUAGCAAAAGAUGCAGCACUGGGCCCUAUUCGAGAACUAAAGCCAGAGCAAGUAAAGAACAUGUCUGCCAGUGAGAUGAGGAACAUCAAGUUAUCAGAUUUCACUGAGUCCUUGAAGAAAAUAAAGCGUAGUCUCAGCCCUCAGACCCUGGAGGCUUAUAUUCGCUGGAACAGAGACUAUGGAGACACUACUGUUUGACAUUCAGCUUUGAAAAAAGUGAGGGGAGAAAGUUGCCAGCAAGAGACAGUUGAUACAAACUGCUGCUGGAAUGCAGCCAGAGUUUACAGAACUUUUCAGAUCUCUAAAUAUCUGCACUAAAACAGGAGACGGAAUUAAGAAAAAAGAAUACAAAGUGUUGAUCAAGAUCUCAUAGAUGUUAUCUGGAUUUACACACAGGGCACUAUAACAGCACAAUAAGACAUGGGGGGAAAGAACUCUAGCAACUGAGUGAGGGUAGGAAAUGUAAUUUGUAUAUUUUUUUGCUGACUGAAAUAUUCAAACGGCAUAAUCUGUUGAAAGUUUUUUUGAUUUUUUAAAAUUGAUUAGACAUUUAUUUUUACUUGCUUCCUAUUAAUCACUAAUCGUUAAGUGUCCAAUUUUCAUUUUCUUGAUCUAUAUCAGUAAGGUGCCAAAUAGAAAUAAUCCUGUGCAUCUGGAAGAACAGCAUUGGGAAUAGCAUUAGUUUGACAAGUUCAAAGUACAAAGAAGCUGGUCUGUUGCUCUUUGUUCUACAGUCAAUAGGACAGUUUAGGAAGAAAUCUUUUGACAGCAGCACAGCAAUGACCAGUGAAAAUGGCAAACACCAAAUGGCUUGAAGUAGCCACUUUUGUCAGUCAUUUCUUGCAGUAUUUCUCGGAUGCAUUUGUAAAAGUUCCAUUGUAGGAUACUUGUCAGUUGUCCUUACAUUGUAGACCUGGAGACCAAGAAAUAAGAGUAAAUGGUAUUAACUGUCAAAUGAAGUGCAGUGUUGCUCCUUGGUGUUAGUUUCAUAUGUAUAAUGACUGAAAGCCGGGAACUUUACACUCUGGGGUUUGUUUGUUUUUUAAAUCUAUGCAAGUGAUCAUGACACUGGUUACUUGUUUAAUUACAUUAGCUUUUUAUAUCUUUCUUGUGCUUCAAUUUGUCACUAUAGUUUGGGAGAGACAGCUGACUUUUUAAGAAGUAUAGUAACUACAUUGUUUCUGUAAGUUACUUUUUAUGAUAUGAAUUAUUUGUAAAACCAUGGCCUUUUAAUAUUAAAGGGACAGGCAUAUUUGCCCCUUUGAUUGCCCCUUUAUGAUUUGAUUACCCCUUUAUGAUUUGAUUACCCCUUUAUGAUUUGAUUACCCCUUUAUGAUUUGAUUACCCCUUUAUGAUUGUGUUCAAAAAACUUAUUCAAUUACUAGGAUUAAAAUAACAUCUAAGAAAGAAGACUGUUCAAUUUUUUUCUCACUUGGGGAUUCUGAGGAAGGUAGAAAAGGAGAAAAAUUGUUGAACCUUCUAUUAAGAAAAUAAAAGUAAAAAAACAGGGUUUUUGUUUUUAAAAAAUAAAAUAAAAUAAUAAUCAUGCUUUUUAAUUCCAAAAAGUUGAAUUUGACUUUGGUUGGAAAUGAGAUAUUAAAUCUCCUGAGUAUAUAUUGCUCUCUACUGCUGAAAUAUAAAAGUACUGAUUUCAAACUGAUGAAUUUUUAGCACUUCUACAGAGACCCGUAUCCAUUACUAGAUACCAGUAAUGACAGUAGAGACCAUGCCAUAAGUUUAAAGCCAUUCUGGAGGCACACAUGAAAAUAGUUCUGAGUCCUAAAAUCACUAAAUCAUGAUUCCUAAAGACUAACAAAAUUGUUUCAUCUUGCAACUAGAUUAAAAUUUAAUAUUAAUAUUGUAUCACAGUGGCUGUUAAAUAGCUUGAUUAGACGUGGUAGAUGUUUGAAGCUUUUGGGCAUGUGAAUUAUGAUCCAUCUUUUGGGGAAGCUUAAAAAUGCUUGCUACUCACAUUGGAUGUCUUUCAAGCUCCUCUCCAUAACUGAUUCAUUCUGAUACUUUGCACUGAAAGUGUAAUGUGUCUGGCACUGUUGUGCAGUUUGGCUAAAAUUUCUCAUGUGUAUUAGCUCUGGAUCAUUGAUCUCCUUUUGAUACAUAACUAGCCAAUUUAAGAACUCCCGUCCAUGGAAUAAAAUGUUUGUUGUAUUGUCUGAAAGAAGAAAUAGAGUAAGAACCAUUCCCCUUUCCAAUUAAAUGAACUGUGAAGUAUCCCCUUCAUUUUGGCACAAAUUAACUUCUUCCUUAAAUAGAAAAACUAUCAGUUUUGCUGUAAGGAAAUAUCAAUGUGACGAAAGCAGACAUAGCUGUGAAGUGAUGCUAGUUACCCGGUCUUGUUUUAAAAUGUAGGUAGGACAACCAAGUUAAUAUUAUGGGCUAACCCUUGGAAAGAUUUUAAUUGUCCAAACCUGCAGUAUUACCCUGUCCUGCAUUCCUGAAUUAGAUUUACCUAUGACACUGAGCAACUGAAGUAAACUUUUAAAUACAUUCACCUACCUUUCUGAUGUAGAUUAAUCUUUGGGUGUGUUGUGAGGGGACCUCCAGUAAGGGAAACUAGCGAAAGUGCUAUAUGAAAAGCUCAAGUUCAUAUUUUCAAAACCUGAACUAUGUGGUUAUCCCAGGCAGUGAUUAGCUGUGAACAAAGGCUGCAACCAUUUGCCUUAAGCUCACUAACCUCCAUAGGACUGAGCACAGCUAACUGGAUGUUGGCUUGCAGCCAGGGUAAACUGCCCGACAUAUUCUAGAGCAAACAACUUGACUUUGGAAAAGGCAAAAUAAUUUUUGCCUAAGAAAUUGCCUUCUGUAGGCAAUAUCCACAAAAUACAGGAAAUAAACUUUUCAUGGUGUCAGAACCAGCAGUACUGAGAAUCUAAGUAAAAAUACUUGAUUAGAAUUGUUCAACUAUAUGAAAAAACUUUGGAGCAUGUGUUGAGAAGACUUCAGCACUGGCUACUUACUUGAAUAGAAUUUAACGAUGUAUCCUCCUUGUACCUUUGUGGUGUUUGUGAUCUGCAGUCACUUUUAUUUUAUAUAUUUCAGGUUGUUCCACAGGAGUUCAAAUGGAUUUAGUUUGCAUUUUAUGUAUAUUCUCUUUAAUUAAAGAUGAGGCCUGUGGAUGCUACCCCCCUUAAGCAUUUUUAAUACUAGUUUUUGUCAAAUUCUUGACUCGAACACUUUACAAAACUCAAGGCAGAGGAUACACAACCAUGUGGAAUUGUUUAAUGGCUGGCUAAUUCUGUUGGCUUUUAUAGUCACAACUUUGUUUUAAGGUAAAUGUGGAAAUUGCUAUAAUGUUGACAAGCCAUAACUCGGUAAUUAAAUUUCAUCAUUUUUUCCUUGUUUCAAGUCUCUCUAGUAGAAGUAGUUACUAGAUACAUAUGGCUAGGUUUUUGGUACUUGCAAAAUAUGAAUUAUUCUGUUGCCCCCAAUCUUCCUACAUUUCCCUGAAGAGACACUUAUAAUGUUCCUACUGGAUAUGUAGACAUUCUGUCAUUAGUGGGAACCUGGCUAUAAUUCUUCCUUCUGGCCAUGGCGGGUUUGUUUUGUCAUUAGUCUGGUGUACCUGUUGCCAUGUCAGUGUGAGACUAUUUGAGAGACUUGUUCAUUACAGUACUGGAGACCUAGGCUAUUAAAAGGACACUACAGAAAACUGUGAAAUGCCUUUUUCUAAGAAAUGUGUUUAGCUAUCAAUCUGUAGCAAAGACAGAGGAAAACGCUCAUGCGUAUAAUUACACUGAAGUACUUCCUGAAAAUGCUAUUUAGCAGCUGUCGCCUCAUCUGAGAGGAUUAUUCUAAAGUAGUGUCCUCUAAGAAGGACCUUGAUAUAUGAAUAACUGGUUUGAAUGUAAAACAAAAAGUACUGCCAAAACUAAAGUUUCUUCAUAGUAGCCAGAUUUUCAGCAACAGAAACGUAUGGACAUAGGAAAGGUCUGAGAGAAUUGUCAAAAUGUUUGUUGUUUAACUUGUCUUUCUUGCUGAAUUACAAUGUCUUUUAUCAAGAUAUAAAAUUUUAUUUGGAAAAUGUGUAAAAGCAUGAAAAACAGUCACACAGAAUAAUACUGAAAAAGUUAAUUUUCCUUGAUGAAAUUGUGCAACAUGUCUUCAUUUCAGUUUUGAUUUUACUAGGUCCAAAUUAAUGCUUUUCAAAUCUGUUGCCUAUAACUUUGCUUUUCAUAUUUCUCAUGUAAUGUAAGAUCAGCUUUUUCUAGAAGACUUCCAUUUUGUUUCUCUGAGACAAGACUGAAAAUCGUAACCAAUGUAAGUUCUAACUAAAAUGUGUUGAAACAAGCUUUUUUAUUACCUCAGUUUUGUUAGAUUCUAAAUAAAAAAGUGAAAAAUAA